UAGAACUUCAACUUCCUUGAGAAAAAUUAUCAGUGCUGGCAGCGAGGGUAAGUGCAUUAGUGGUGUAGCUAGCGGAGGUCACAAAUGCUGGCAUUAGAUAGAAUGAGAAUGCAACAAGUGAUUUGAUGUUGCAGUACAUCAGAGAACUUGUACUUGAUGUCGAAAAUUGCGGUAGGUAGGGCGAUUGACCUGAUAAAGAUGUUGCAAAAGUGAGUGAUCUCGAACAGUCAUGUGCUGCGUGUACGACCCUAGUUUUAGAAAUGAAGACGACUGAAAAUAAACGCCAUGUAGUUGCCUCCGCGAUGAGCAUGAAUCCAGCCGCCCGGAUCAAGGAGGCGGUGGUGGAGCACGGCCCGGCGCAGGGCGCGCAGAAACUGAUCCGCGAGGAGUUUCUUGCCGCUAAGCGCGCUGUGGAACUCGGGGUCUACGGGGUGUGGCGACCGGUGCGAUACGCAGAAGCCUCCUCGUCGUCCUCCACUACUCCCCCGCGCGUCAAUACUGAACCGCGACAAGAAUUCUGCGCCCGGAUUGGCUUGCAGAGCCGCUGUUUUUGCGGGUUCACCUUUGCGGAGCACCGGGAUUGCCAAACCGAGAUUGCCGCAGCGGAACGCAGCGGCAAGAAAGCCCCGCUCGGCCGGUCCGACUGCAGCAGCGGCCCGUGUCCGAGAUUCCGCUUCAUCCCCAAGCGCCCAGAGGAGGUCGGGGAGUGUAUUGUGAGGAAAAAUCCCCCCUCUCCAUAUCGAAGGGGAAAUUUGUGAUGCUGAUUUGUGAUCACAAACCAGCUUUGUCUUGCGUACAAGGCAAACGGCGCCCAUUUGGCGCAUUGUGCAGCCAGUCUGUCAUGCGUUUUCGCCUAUGUCAGUCUUGUUUCUCAUGCGCAGCUGCUAGCCGGAUGCGUACCCUCAUGGGCUUAGAAUAUGCCGACAAGCUCUUGCCGCAAUACAGAGCUCAUUUGUGUACAUAAAUCCAGCAACGCAGAUCACCUUUUGACUAUGGGGUGGGGGCUUUUUUCACUUUGAUAGAGUGGUGGCUGGUGCGGCGCCGGGGGUUCGAUGUCACCACCUGGCGCGCCAAGUGCCAGUGCGGCGCCGCGCACACCGAACACGCGCCGGACCUAUCGGAAAGCUGCCCGCGCGGGGUCCGGCGGACCGGAAAGGUAUCAAUUGCAAAUAUGUCUGGGUCUGGAAGGAUGCCGAGGUUUGUAGUGCAGCAUUCGCAUGCUGCAGAACAAGGUGUGGCAUGCACGCCCUAGCAUCACAGGCUCUCAACAGAAGGUGUCUUAAUGCGUAAUCCUCAUGACAAAGCCCUUCUUUCGGUGGCCAGAAAUGUGCAGCUUUUGGGUUCCAUGCAUGACAGAUUUCUGUGUGAAGUGAAAUGCGCAUCACAAGUUGACCCAGACAUAUUUGCACUGGAUAAAAGGGGGGGCGGUACCAGUCGGCGUGGUGCUGCGUGACCUGCGACCAGCCCUACGAAGCGCACGAGACCGUCUGGUAUCCAGUGCAAAGUAUAUGUCUGGGUCUAGAAAAGUGGAACCUGUGUUGCAUGUGUUGCAUUCUCCUGAAAAAUCUGUAUUGCAUAGCCAGCACAGGAGGCGUUUACUUUUUUGCAUGCUACGCAUUAGACAUGGCGUGGUCAACUAAAGCUGUCAUGCUUGGAUACACUACUUGAAAGCAGCACCAGGAGGCUCCUCCAUACUUACUUCAGCAUCACAAUUUGAAUUUUCCAGAGGACCCCGACAUACUUAUUUGCAAUGCGCAAUAUCCGGGAAACGGAAGCGGAGCGGAAAGCCGCGCAUCUUGUCGUCGGGACGGACUUUUUUCCGCUUUCGGCCGACAAAGAACUGCAGGACUUGGUGCUGCGCGGUGACGCCACCAAAUCGGCCCUCCCCUUUCGCCCCAAGCCGGAACGGUCCGUGCGACUCAGCGGCCACGCAAAGCGAGCGGUUGCAGUGGUCGCAGAUGUUGAUCAUGGUGUGUCGUCGAUGUUGGAGAACGACAAGAAUUUCGCGAUUAAUGACGACCAAGCAGGUCCUCGUCCAGGAACCGGUGGGCAGCAGGCUGCACGUUCGAAUCGACGCAGUGCGUUGAAUGAUGUUGUGCCUCCCCGCGCCUUGAGACCGUAUGUGGGAGAACGAUUUGUCGCAGAAAAAAGCGAACAAGAGAAAAGAAACGUUGGAAAAGGUUCAUCUCGACGUCUAGGUAGUGAAGUUGGUCAAGAACAUGUAGAUUAUUGCCAUGACAAUUGUCACAGUCUCGGACCAGCAAGCCGUGACUUUAGCAACAGCACGCCGCUGGAGCGACGAGGCUAUCAUCCUCAGAAGUAUGCUCAAGAAACCGAAAACAACGAUUAUCCGUCUUUGGAGGACUUUUUCCCACCAAAAAACCGUGGAAGCAAUAAGUUUUCCCCGGCGCUGCGAAGAUUCAUUUGGAAUGCACUGGCAGGGCCCGACCUGCUGUUGUUUUGUUUCUAG